ACUCAGGUGCGCUGCGCACCUGUUCGCCCGCACCUGCCCGCUCACUGCCCUGCAACCUUUCCUGCGCAGCGAAGUCCGGGACCGAUAGGCCUGAUACUUUCUGGGGACCGCACCCAAACGGCCCCUCUACCUUUUGUUUGGUAGGGUUCGUUGAGAGCGCCAGAGAGAACCGCCUGACCUUCGCGGACUGCUUUUGUCUGAAACCAGUCCAUCGGGCGUAGCCUGUUCUUUCUGCUGUGAGACCGUCACUCCACCCGAGGGGUCGAUUUGUGUUUACUUCGAGUGAUAAGAUUUUAAGUUACCGGGUCAAAAACAUUUUUGCUUCUUUGGGUGACUUAAAACACCACCCCAAGUUGUCUUGUGGGGCUGCCCCCCUGCGGAUUCGGUUUGUGUUGUUGUAGGGUCGCCCGCCCGGUGUCCUGUAUUUUUUGAGGGCGGAAAUGGCCAAUUCAGGCCUGCAGUUAUUAGGCUUUUCCAUGGCAAUGCUGGGCUGGGUGGGCCUGGUGGCGAGCACCGCCAUCCCACAGUGGCAGAUGAGUUCCUACGCGGGCGACAAUAUUAUCACCGCCCAGGCCAUGUACAAGGGGCUGUGGAUGGACUGCGUCACGCAAAGCACCGGCAUGAUGAGCUGCAAAAUGUACGACUCGGUGCUCGCCCUGCCGGCUGCCAUGCAGGCCACUCGAGCCCUAAUGGUGAUUUCUCUGGUGCUGGGCUUCCUCGCUAUGUUCGUGGCCACGAUGGGCAUGAAGUGCACACGCUGUGGGGGAGAUGACAAAGUAAAGAAGGCCCGUAUUGCUAUGACUGGAGGCAUCAUUUUUAUCGUAGCAGGCCUUGCCGCCUUGGUAGCAUGCUCCUGGUAUGGACAUCAGAUUGUCACAGACUUUUAUAACCCCACCACCCCCGUGAAUUUUAAGUAUGAGUUUGGUUCAGCCAUCUUUAUCGGCUGGGCUGGGUCUGCUCUGGUCCUCCUAGGAGGUGCGCUGCUCUCUUGUUCCUGUCCUGGACAGGAAAGCAAAGCUGUGUACCGUGCACCACGCUCCUACCCUAAGUCCAACUCUGCCAAGGAGUAUGUGUGAGGUGUUAUUCCCAUGCCCCAGCCUGACAGGCUGUGGGUGUGCCCAAAUGCCUGCAAGGACCUAGGGCAGAGGACAGCCUGUGGGCAGGGUGCAGGACAAAGGCCUCCUGGUCACUCCAUCCCUGUAUACCAUGUAGUUAGUUCUCUGGGGGGGUUGGAUGGGGGAGACUAAAAGUGGGAAGGGCGUGCUUUUUGUACAGUAAUAAAAAACACAUUUUAGAAAGUAGGUUUUCUUUUUUUUCUGGGCCUGAUUUCUUCCCACUCAGAUCCUUGGUGCGAACUUGGUACCUAAAGUAUACCUACUUUAGUUCAAACACUUAAAGGUAGAGCACCAGUUGUGCGCCAGGCCACUCCUGUUCAUUUAAUUUUCACUGUGACUCAGACCCAAUCCCUAUACUGGACUCCAAAGACUCAAGAGCUUGGCUUUCCCCAUUCAUUCCCACUGCCCACCACUUCUGUUCAAAUAGCUACCAAACAGUUUCCUUUUUAACAACAACAACAACAAAAAAAUCAAAACACUUUAUUAGGUAUGGGGGGUUGUUCCUAUUCCCUCACCUUACACUAUCCACCCCACUUUCUGUCCUGAUCAGAUGCGGCUUUCUACCUCAUAGGGUAGGGCCUCCCUAGACAAAGGAGCAAAGGCAGUACAGACACACAGUAAGCCUAGUACAAACAACAGGUGGUUCUGGGCCCACAGUCCUCCCCCUCCCACCCCCUUCCCAUUAGUCUAGUCAAGUCUGGUCACUCAAAUAUCAAGGUCAUCAUCUGGGUCUUCUUGGUCUAGGUCAUCAUAAGCAUCUGGCUCAUAGAAGAUGCGGCUGGUAGCUUGGCCUGGCCCAGGACGCAGUAGAACCUGCUGUCUGAAGGAAGAAUUGAUGCUAGUGAGGGUGGGUGUUAGGUCGGGUCUGGAUACCCCCUUACAGGUGCCUGUGACUCAGGCAACCCACCCUAGACUUGUAUCAUUACUUGGCCCCAGUCCCGUCUCUGACCUCCAAGAUUAGUUACAGCUAAAUAAGAACCACUGGACCCUGGCAUGAGUACUAGUCUAAGAAAACCCUAAGUUCUUAGCAGCUUGAGGGGAAGGAUUCUGCAGCAGUCUUGCUUCAUCCACCCACACACUGGGCUGAGAACAGCAGGCACCUACCUAGCCCUUGUUAACCAGUCUUUGCCACACCCACCUAUCUUCCUGUCCUAUUGUUCUAGCACUGCUGCCUGGCAAAGAGAGUUACCUCUUAAGGUUCAUUCUGGCUCAGCCCAGAGCCAGAUUACUCUGGGGACAACCAUGAAGCUAGAACCCAUGGCUCUAACGGAGAUAAAAGACAGGAAGACCCUCUGCCAUUUUGGGAGGUAUGGGUGGGUAGAGAACCACUCCCCAGACUUGUCUCUGGAAGUGGACUUUAGCCCCUAUAAAGUCUGAGAGGUUAAUCAAUAACCUGUCAUCACCCCACCUCCCUGUGGCCCAGAUGCUGGGGAUUCAAACACUUCAGGCCCCAACCUUACUUUUCAGAGCUGAACUGGAAAGGCAGAAUCAGGCUAUCCUUGGCUUCUUUUUCUUCCUUAGACAGGUGAAGAUUAAAGGUCAAAUGAGUCAUGGGGUCCACCUGCAGGUAAAAAGGAUGCUUGCUGCCACUUGGCCCCAUCCCUGAAUACUUGACUCCACCCUCAACCUCUGCAAUUUUAUUCUACUUUUGCCAGAUCCCAAACUCCAUUCCCUUGCUCUGGCCUCAGCACUCUUAGGUACCAGAGAUGUAUGAAGAUCUGAGUGGUGUUGGGGCCCCACGGGAGGCCCCUCCUGGAGGUCCAGGCUAAAGUCAGGAAGGAUGGAGAACCACGAAGUCUGGGGAGAAUAAAGAAGAGAGUUAAAAAGGUUUUCUUAAUCCCACUGAACCAGAGAAUUUAGCAUCUCUCAAUUCAGCCUCCAUUCACCCAAACACAUUGUUUUCAGCCCUAGCCCUCCUUUAAGUCUCUCCCUAUGGACUUGUUCUUCCUUUCCACUAAUAAUUAUUCUAGUCUUUUAAAAAUUCUUUUCUAGGGCUGGGGAUAUAGCUCAGUUGGUAGAGUGCUUGCCUCGUAAGCACAAAGCCCUGGGUUCAAUCCCCAGUACCAAAAAA